UCUAUGUGGCACUUCUACUUAGCAUCAGCGUUGAAGCUUCCCAUCAUUGCUUAGGAAGGUCACGAUGAAGCCUCCUUCUGAGCCAUGGAGACGAUGAUAUAUGUAUGAUAUCAACAUGCAGUUUGGUCACAAAGUUAUGUGUUAAAAGGCAUUCACCACAUUUUUAGUAGCUAAAUUGAUGUCUAACAGCAACAACUUUAGAGCACAAGAGUCACCUGAGAAUGACUUUUCCGACCAGUCCAAUUUCGAGUUUUCCGAGUACUUGAUGAUUGGUGAGUGGCUAGAUGAAGAUCAUCGGACUUCCAUGGCUUUGGAGACCGUCCAGAAUUCGGGGUAUCAAGCAAAUGAAGUUGAUGAGUCUCGUGGAAGUAGCAGCCAACUUGGAGGGUCUAAUAGCAGAGAGAAUGAAAGCGGCACCGUACGGGAGAGGCAGGAAGUUAGAGAAAGAGUUGCAUUCAAAACAAAAUCAGAGGUUGAAAUAUUGGAUGAUGGUUUCAAGUGGAGGAAGUAUGGUAAAAAGAUGGUGAAGAACAGCCCAAAUCCAAGGAAUUACUACAAGUGUUCAGUUGAAGGCUGCCCUGUGAAAAAGAGAGUAGAAAGAGAUAGAGAUGAUCCAAGGUUUGUAAUUACAACGUAUGAGGGCAUUCAUAACCAUCAGAGCCUCUAAUUUCGUGUCAUGAAGCAUUUUUGGCUUCCCUUGUAACAUGAUUUUCAAUAAUACUUGAGACACCAAAAGUUUUUUUCCAAA